UCUGGGUCUGUUUCAUUGUUUCGAUUCUCCUCCUCUAAUGGCGGUUCUUCCCAUUUUCAUGGAGAAAAAUUGUAACUUGGAACUUUGUCUUUCUUCUUCUAUGGCUUCUUCCGAUCAUGAUUCCGGUGACCUCCGCCGCCAUCAGCCUCCCCUCCACCAGUUCUUAGAUGAUGAGUCGAGCAAGAACUCUCAUCAGCAGAUGACAAUUUUCUACAAUGGAAGAGUUUGUGUGGCUGAUUUUACAGAGGAUCAGGCCAGAGCUAUAAUAAUGCUAGCAACCCGACGAUCCACGAGUCGUCGAUAUCGAUCGGAACCGUGUAAACGUGAAGAUGGCUCCGAUUCUGGGCUCUCCAUGAAGAGAUCUUUGCAGAGGUUUCUACAUAAAAGGAAGAAUCGGAUUCAAUCUGCUUCACCUUACACUCAAUAACCCAUCAAUUGAGAGGUUUAGAAUUGUAAUGUUUAGAUCGGGCCAAAUUUAGCUCUAAGAUGUAGAACGUUUUAAGUCCAUACAUCUUUUAU